CACGUGGUGCGCUGUGAUUCCGGUUGCAGAAGAUGGCUUCAGUCGGGGCGGCAGGGUGGCCUGAGUUAGAGAAGGUAGAACGUGAGAAGCGACGGGAGCUGGUCCUGCAGGGUUUGGAUGAGAAGCUCCGCGUUUGUGCCGGGCAGCUGCCCCCUCAGCUCUUUUCCCUCACUCUUCUCAACUAUCUGGAAGUGAGCGGCUGUUCGGAGCUGAGAGAGAUUCCUCCCGGCCUGGGCCACCUCAUACACCUGCAGAACCUGGUCCUGUGCCGCAACAAGCUGCGCCUCCUAUCUCCGGCUGUCGGACAGCUGCGGGCCCUGCGCUUGUUGGACGUCUCCGGAAACGAGUUAGAAGAGUUGCCGGCGGAGCUAUGCGGCCUGCCCGAGCUCUGCACCUUAAAUGUCAGCUGCAACCAACUGAUGGAGCUUCCCCCGGGGCUGGAGCGCUGCUCCAAACUGGCCGAGCUCAAUCUCUCCCGGAAUCGUGUCCGAGCUCUCCCUCCCGGGCUCCUGUGCCGACAGCUGUCUCUACUCGCCUCUCUCUCUGCUGCCGACAAUCAGAUCCAGCAGCUGCCGGGGGACAUUGGCCUCCUGCCUGCCCUCAAGAGCCUUGAUCUCUCCAAUAACCUGCUCACUGACAUCCCAUUUGAGCUUGCAGACUGCUCCAAGCUGAAGGAUAUAAAUUUCAAAGGCAACAAGGUGAAAGAUAAACGCCUGGAAAAGAUGGUCAAUGGGUGCCAGACGAAAUCUGUGCUUGAGUACCUAAGAGUUGGUGGGCGAGGAGGUGGGAAAGGCAAAACAAUAACAGAGAAUGCAGGAAAGGAAUCAAAGGAGAAGAAGAAAAAGAAAGAACGAAAGCAGGACAAUGAGGGUGAUGAAGCGGAAGAUGUAGGAGAGCUGAAUAAGAUGAUGCUGAAAGUCUUGCACUUUUCAGAGAAUCCAACGCCAGUCGAAGUAAAUGUUAGCCCCGGCACAAAAGAAGUGCGUCCAUACAUUGUGUGCUGUGUGGUGAAAGGAAUGAACCUUAAACCAGGCAAUGCUCUGAAAAGGUUCCUUGCUGCUCAGACCAAGCUCCAUGAGGAAAUAUGCGAUAGAAGGACUUUAGCUACAAUUGCCACUCACGACUUGCGCUUGGUGAAAGGACCUCUAUUGUAUGACGCCAGACCACCCAAAGACCUCAAGGUUAUACCUUUGGGUCGCAAAGAGAUCAAUGCGAAGGAUCUUGUUCGGCAACUGCAGUUUGAGGCAGAGGAGCAAAGGAAGCAGAAAAAGCGACAGAAUGUCUCUGGACUUCACAAGUACCUUCAUUUAUUGGAUCGCAAAGAAAAUUAUCCCUGUUUAAUUGAUACUGAGAAUGCAGUCAUUUCCUUCCCACCAAUCACAAACAGCGAGAAGACAAAGAUCUGGAAAAGCACCCAAGAAGUCUUUGUGGAAGUAACAAGUGGCACCAGCCUGCAGAUCUGCAAAGAUGUCUUAGACGCACUCAUCCUUAAAAUGGCAGAGCUCCAUAAGUUUACAUUGGAAAACAAAGAGCCAGAAGGUGUUUCAGACACUGAGCCUGAAGCAGAGGAUCAGCAAGAGCCAUUGGCCAGUAAUAAUCCCAACGCAGGGACGGCCGCUCAGCUCGUACUGGAACAAGUGCGUGUCUCUGAUAUUGAAGGAAACCUCAAGGUUUUGUAUCCUUCCAAAACAGACCUGAACUUCAGUUCUUCUGCCUUCGCUAUCAUGCGCUGAGUUAAACACACUGCUAUAGAAAGUUUUUCUAAAAAGCACUUACCUUCCCUGGAAUACAGAGACUCCCCUCUCAGCAGAUGUUAUUUGUGUUAUUCUUUACUUCCCCCACUCCUUAAUCCUCUAAGUGCAUAUACAUGCGGAAAUGUUUACAUUUUGUAAUCAUCUUGAUUUGGGCCCAAGUAGCUUUUGAAAUGAAGCAUGUACAUUUUAUUGUACACAGGGUCCCCAAUAUACCCAUUUUUAUUCUUCUUAAAUAUAUUGAGGGGGAGACUGAUAUUUAUUAAAAAAAAAAAUCUAAA